GUCCGUUACAGGUGAUAGGAUCACCUCAGCCCAUCUUGGCCACUCCGGGCGAUGACGUCAUCCUGCCGUGCCACGUGGAGCCUCCGGUGAACGUGGCGGGGCUAACGGUGGAGUGGUCGAGGCCCGACCUUCGACCUGAUCCCAAUGAUCUGCAGAAGCGGGUCGGUUUUGUGCAUCUUUACCGGGACAGCCGGGAGGUCCUGGACAUGAAGAUCUCGUCGUACGUCCUGAGGACGGCGCUGUUCUUAGACGACCUGAGACGAGGCAACAUAUCGCUCAAGAUCACUAAUGUGACGCUCGCAGACGAAGGGAGAUACAGAUGUUUCAUCCCAAAGUUAAAAAGCCUGAAAAAAUCUUCUAUUAUUCGUCUUGACAUUGGUGAGUUCAUUUGUUGAGAUGGUUC